ACUGCAACGGGUUGUGCACUUCGCAAAUAAGAGGGCUGGAUAUUACGUCCAUAAUCCUACUUUUUAUUUCAUUGUCAGUAUUUUUCAUCACCGUGUCACGACAAUAAUAAUGCAAAUCAUAUGGAUUUUUGUGUUCUUUGGUAUAAUUGCCAGUGGCACUUGCAACAUCCUGAAUCAUCACCUUAAUUCAAGGUGGUCAUUUGGUGCAAAUAAAGAAUCCAUCACUGAAGAAUCAAAAAUAGAACGAUCUCUUUGUACCACUAAACAAUGUCAAGAACUUGCAAAAUUGUUAAUGGAAGGCAUGAAAAAAAAUAUCAACCCAUGCGAUGAUUUUUACGAGUACGUGUGUGGAAACUGGAAAAUACACAAUCCUCUUCCUCCAGAUGAAAAACGAUGGAACUUGGUAGUUAAACUUCAAAGAAAUGUUGACAGACGUCUGGAAGAAAUACUAAAAAGUGAAGCAACACCUGAAGAUCUCUAUGCAGUGAGAUUUUCUAAACGAGCGUAUAAUGUUUGCAUGGACACAGACGAAAUGGACAAAGCAGGACUUCAACCACUCGUGUCUACAUUGUGGAGAGUAGGUGGAUGGCCAUUAAUAAUGGAAGAAGAGGAAUGGGACGAGCAAAUAUUUAAAUGGCAAACCAUAGACGAUUAUUAUGCUAAUAUAAUAGGUUUAAAUGCCUUUCACGACUUGCACAUUGUCCAAUACUGGAGCAGUAAAGAAUAUGAUAUAAUUAUCACUUCUCCCCAUCUACCCCGAAUGAUGAGCGAACUUAUAACUACGGAAGAAAUAGACAUGGAUAGCAGUGAUGAAAAUAACGAUAGUGGAGAAGGAAGUCAAGAAAAAGGUAGCGAGGAAGAUGAUAGAAAGGACGAUGAUGAGAGCGAAGACGAUGAGGAGGAAAACGACGAGAAAGAUGAAUUUAUUCUACAUAAAAGGAAAAUAACCAAAAAAAAGAUUAAUAAACAACUGGCAAAUAAAACAAGAAUAAAUAAGCACAUCAAAACUAGAACAAAGAGAAGCAUAACAACAAGAGGAAAUAAACACAGACAAAUUUCUGACCAUAAGAUGAACAAAUUGUUCAAAUAUAAACCAAUAUCUCAACCUAACAGUGUUAAAGAAUCUGCAAUAAAUUACAAUCUAAAAAACAAAAGAGAGCAUGAAAAUUUGAACAGUGACUUAUAUUUCAAUGACGAUGAUGUUGAACAUGAAAAUAUUAAUGACGAUGACAUUGUUAGUUAUAGUGAUAAUGAAGAAGAGAAUGGAAACAUCGAGCAAGAUAAAGAUAACAAAGAAAGCAGUGGUAAUUACAAUGAUGAUGAAGAAAACGAAGAAAGUGGUAGCGGCAGCGGUGAUUAUGAGGAUGAUGAUGAUGAUGAUGAUAAUGAUGAUGAUGAUGAUGGCAGUGGCAGUGGCAAUGGCGAUGGUGAAGGCGAUAAAACAGACGAAGAUAAUAGCAGCGAGGAAAGAAGAAAGGAACGCAUGGACAACAUAAAAAAAGCGAAGGAAUUAAGGGAGAGUUAUGCAAAGUAUAUGUUCAAUGUUAGCAUGGCACUUGCUAAAGCCAGAGGAAUUCUUGUACCAGAAGAGAAACUGAAGAAAGAUGUCGCGGAUUUGUUGGAAUUUGAGAUAAAUUUGUUAAAGAUCGUAUAUAAGUAUGGAGAAGAAUUGAACAUGACUCUUCAAUUAUUUCAAAAGAAAUACGAUUGUUUGGUACCUGUAACAAACAACGGAGAAAUAAAUUGGAUAAGAAAAGUAGAAAACCUUUUUAUCAGUGGAGGAAUGGAGAUUGAUAAAAAAACACCGGUCGUUAUCCCAUCUUUUAGCUACAUCAAGAAUCUUAAAAAAUUAUUGGACAAAACACCGAGUAAAACAAUUGUAAAUUACGUACACUGGAAUUUCCUUAGUAGAGUAAUAAAGAGUACCACAAAGGAAAUGAGAGAUUGGUACUGGGGUAGCGAAAUAAUAACUGUUAAAAAAAGAUCAAACCUAUGCAUCACUGAGAUAGGAGCUGAAUACAGUUUAGGAUAUGAAUAUGUAAAGAAAUAUUUCUCGGAUAAAAUCUUGCAAACGGCUUCAGAUAUGAUUGACGAUAUUGAAAAGGAAGUCGAGUAUCAGAUCAAAGAAUCAACUUGGAUGGAUAUUGAAACUAAACAUUUCAUCUUAGAUAAAUUGGUGUACCUGAAGAAACUAAUUGGAUAUCCAAAGUCAUAUCGAAAUAAUACUAUUAUGAAUCAACUCUUUAAAGGUCUUAGCGUUAGCCGAUCGCAUUACGAUAAUAUUCUAAGCAUAAUGAGAUAUCUGAAAUGGCAAAAAUUAAAAUUAAUAUUCAAAAAAGAGAUUGAAACUUCUGAAGAAUUUGUCAUGAAUCCUUUAACAAUAAAUGCCUUUUUCAUAGUCUUUUACAAUGCCAUAGAGGUAACUGCGGCAGACUUUCAGAGUCCUUUCUUCGAUUCUCAUCAACCAUGGUUUACCAAUUUUGGGGCUAUUGGAGCCAUUAUGGCUCACGAAGUGAAUCAUGGUUUCGAUAGCAGUGGUCGCGUAUUUGACAAAUGUGGUGAAUACAUGGCAUGGUUACCUGCAAUGGCAGAAGCAUACGAGAAAAGAGCAGAAUGUUUUCAAGAUCAAUUUACCAAGUAUAGUGUGGUAUACAAUAAAACAGCGAAUAUCCCGAUAGAGGAUUACGGUAAACAAACCGAAACAGAAAAUAUUGCGGAUACAAUGGGUUUGCAAGCCGCAUUCAGAGCUUAUCAACGAAGGCAACGAAUAUGUGAAGAACCUGACCCCAUGUUGCCAGGAUUAGAGAAUUUCAGUAACGAACAACUCUUAUUCAUAUCCUUUGGCAACUUAUGGUGUGAAGUCGCGGAUCCAGAAGAGUUAGGAAAGAAAGUGCGAAGGGAUUCUCAUAGUUUGGCUCCGUUAAGAUUGAUUGGUUCUAUAUCGAAUUCCGAGGAUUUUGCUAAAACUUUCAAUUGUCCAGAAGGAAGUCCAAUGAACCCGAAGAAGAAAUGCAACAUAUGGAAAUAAGAAUAAUGCUCAUAUUGAAUGCUGAUACUUUCAAUCUUUUAUAAUGAAUAUUUAUACAAUUUCACAAUACUUCUAAUACAAUUCGUAUCUAUGAAAUAAAAUUACUAUAGAAAA